UUCCUGGUUCAGUCGUGUGUGUGUGUGUGUGUGUGUGUGUGUGUGUGUACUGUGUUUAGUAUGUGUGUGUGUUUUCGGUCUUCCUGGUUCAGUUGUGUGUCUGUGUGUGUCCGCUCUCCUAUCGUCUCUUUAAAGCUGCUAACUCGUCAUGUCGGUGAACUAGCGGCCGUUGGUGAAGCUGCUGGUUAGUGUUAGUUAACUAGCGGAGAGUUAGCACGGUGCUAGCUGUAGCAGCGCUGUCACUAACCAGGUAAGACGACUCGUUCUGUGGAUAAUCGAGCCAGUCAGAUGUCGGCUAACCUGUUAACUCGGUCAGUUUAACCCGGUCUAAGUGUCCCCGUCGCUGUCUUCCCUACCGGCUUCUGUUUGUUUCCUUCUUUAAACUUUACUAACUAGCCGAAUGUUAGCUUAGCUUGUCGCCUGCUAGCAGCCGUGGGUACUUUCCGGGCUCCCUGCGCCGAACUCCGUUAACAUCCUGUUGGAUUUAACAGCUUCUGGCUCCCCGCCCGAUAAACUAACCGACUAAAACUCAAAUUCUGAUUUAUUUAAGUUUAUGUGAGGACAUGUUGUCAUUCGGCUCUCUUUUGUCAAAAAAAUUUGUUUAUUUUCAGUGCUUAAAAACUUCACUAACAUUACAGCCAAGUUCGUCUGAGCUUCUGUUUUUCGUAUUUGUAGCUGAUUAUUCGUUAAAUCUGAGUACUGCUUGGUGAUAAAUGACGCCGAAUUCAUCAGAACAUCUCAAUAUUUUGUUUAAGGUUGUUUAUGCAGCUAUUUUACAAUAUAGAUGACACUAACGAUUCAUGAACCUAAAAUUCUCAGGUUUUACUACGUAGUUUGGUCUACAAUCGUCUCGGUGCAAAACGAAAGUGGUUAAGAUGGUAGAUUAUAACCAACAACGCAACAGGGCGACGAUACUUUAAUAAAUUCAACUUUCUGAAGUUACAGAAAAAAGUUCUGCCUGUAUAAUGUAGUGGAAUAUUUUCAGAUUACAAAGUUUGGGUUGCGACCUGCCGACAGAAGCAAAAUUCCGUUAACAAAUGUCUGAAUUUAAAGAAACUAGUGAAAGAAACUCGUAAACAGCUACUGCUCCCCAAGACUGAACAUUUUUAUUGCUUUAUAAAGACUCACGUGUCCGUUCGGAUAAUAUUUAUCUUUAAAAACACGUGAAGCCGGGUUUCACCAAGAUGUGUUUAUUAUAGGACGAUUUUAAUCAUUUUGAUAACUGAUUAUUUCUUAAAUCCGACUUCUGCUUUGCGAAAUAUGACGCCGAAUAUUGCUAAAUACUUCAUUAAUAUGUAAAAAAUACAUUUUAUAUCUAAUGUAGAUCAUAAUCCGCUGUAAAUUCAGAAAUGUGACAUUUUUAUGCAGAGUUUGGUUUGCGCAACUGAGCGCAUUAGUACACAGACUGUAGGUCAGUGAAGGUAAAAUAACUUCAUUUAGAAAACAAUUGAUUUCAGGAAAACAUGAACCAUUCACUCGCUGUGUGUAGUAUUUAGUAGUACCCCUAGCGUGUACUGUGUGUACUUGCAGGUAUGUUUGCGUCCUGCUGUAACUGGCUGUGUGUGGAGGCUGAGCAGCCUGAUGAGGACCACAGACCUCCUCAGUCUUACACCAACUCGGCCUUCACCAGUCAGCCGUCUCCUCCUCCACCUGAACACACCUGUAAGGCCUGUGGGGGGCCCUUUGACACACCUGCCAAGAAGCACAUUUGUGUGGACUGUAAGAAGAACUACUGCAGCCGUUGCUCCGCCCAGCUGGAGCCCCGCCCCCGUCUCUGCCACACCUGUCAGCGUUUCUACGGCAACCUGCUGGAGCGGGCGGAGCUCAUGAAGCUGAAGGUGAAGGAGCUGCGGGACUACCUGCACCUCCAUGAGGUGUCCACACACCUGUGCCGAGAGAAGGAGGAGCUGGUGGAGCUGGUCCUCGGUCAGCAGUCCUCGCCGUCCAGCGGCUCCGCCCCCGAGACCCCGAUCAUCGACCCCCCCUCUGUGACCUCAGACACACCUGACCUGACACCUGAGCCCCCCACGCCGACCGCCGACCCCCCCGCUGCACAGCCUGAAGCUCCGCCCACGGAGACUGCCGUCCCCGAGCCUGAGGUUCAGGACGAGGACCAGACCUCGGACCCUGAGGAGGUUCCGGUUCUGGGGCGCCGGGCGUCGCUGUCCGAUCUGAGCGGGGUGGACGACAUCGAGCUGCUCAGCGUGCGGCAGCUGAAGGAGAUCUUGGCCAGGAACUUUGUCAACUAUAAGGGCUGCUGUGAGAAGUGGGAGCUGAUGGAGCGGGUCACCCGGCUGUACCAGGACCAGCAGAACCUGCUGGCUGCCAACACUGUGAACGCUGCAGAGUCCGGAGGUCCCGGUCCGGAGGAGAACCUCUGCAGGAUCUGCAUGGACUCUCCCAUCGACUGCGUCCUGCUGGAGUGCGGUCACAUGAUCACCUGCACCAAGUGUGGCAAGAGGAUGAGCGAGUGUCCCAUCUGCCGGCAGUACGUGAUCCGGGCCGUGCACGUGUUCCGGUCCUGAUCCAGGUCCCACUUCCUCCUCAGCAGCGACCCUCCUGAUCUGGUCCUUCACCUCCCAGAACCAGAACCCACCAGCAGCCAGCUGUGCCUUCAGCAGCUCCACAUCGACCAAAGACCAACACCUGCACAGGUGAAGGGGAGGAGCCUGUCAGCUGUUUACAACCUGCAGCCGGGUGGCGCUGCAGAGAGACUAAAAAACUCCACUUCCCAGCAUGCAACACUCUCAAAUCCAAGAACCAGUACAGAGCUGUACUGGAACAGGGGGCUUUAGUCCCAUCGAUCACACUGAUUAUUGAUCACACUGAUUACUGAUCAGAGAUAAAUGGAACUCUUUAAACCUCUUGUUUUUUCACCGCAGUAUGAAACAGAACAACACGUUUAUUUUAGAAUUCAAACACUGAUCCUUGGGUUGAUUUUUACAGAUAAGAUUCUUUUCAGAGUUCAGACCUAAAUUCUUGGUUUUCUAGACGUUGUGACUCCGUAGCUGACAGACCGACAGUCCAAACCCCAGAGGAACAGCAGCAUUUGUACAUCAGGGACUCACAGGAAGGAGCAAAACAGCUGAUUUACUUUUAGAUUUCUAGAUUUUAGUUUCAUGUAUCAGACUCCUCCAGAUGUUCUGCUUGGUCAGAACUGUUAGAGACGAUGGAAGAAGAAACCAGGAUCAUCUAGAAAAGGUUCUGAUCAGAAACCAGAUCCAGUGUUCAGACUGAGACACCUGGAUGGAUUUAAACUGGAGUCAGUGUUUAGCAGAUCAGUUUUAUAUCCAUCCAGGUGAGAACCAGAAUGACUUUAAAAUCAUCCAAAACGACUCAGGAAUUGUCCAUAAUCACAGAAAAGGAGUUCAGAAUGACAUGAAAUUUGUCUGAAUGACUCUAAAAUGAUCCCAAAGACUCAAAAAUGAUCUAAAACCAUGAGAAAGAUCCAAUCUGACAUAGAACUUAUUGAAAAUGAUCAAAAAAUCGUCCAAAAUGAGUCAGAAUUCACCCAAAAUCACUCAAAUUGAUCAAAUCUGACUGAGGAUUUGCAGAACGACACAAAAUUAGUGCAUGAUGCUUUGAGAAUGAUAGAAAAUUAGUCAAAAUUUGCAUAAAAGGACUCAAAAAUGAUGCAAAAUUUCAGGAAAUUUGGCUGAAAUUACAGAAAAAAAAUGUCCCAAAUUGUUUAAUAUUGGUCAAAAAUGGCUCAAAAUAACAAAAGAUGUCCAAAAUUACACUAAAUUGUCCCAAAAUCUUUAAAAUAUGUCAAAAAAACAAAAACUUUCUAAAAUGACUAUUUACUCAAAUUAUUCCAAAAAUGUUCAAAGGGACCUGAAAUUUUGUCCAAAAUUCAUUAAAUCUGGAUUAUCUUCAGACUGGGACACCUGGAUGGGUUUAAACUGAUCCUGGGUCAGUUUCUACCAGAACUCAGAUGUUUCUCCUCCUAAAUGUCCUGGUUCUAUCUGCUGGACUGAUCUGAUAAAGUCCAUUAAAGUGAUAAACCUGGACCCUCCUCUGUGGAACUCUGGAGAUAUUCCCAGUAUGAAGGUAGAACUCUGAUCAUUGAUGGAGAACCAGGUGUUCUGAGGAGGUUCUGGUUGGUGUUCUGGAUCUUCUGGGGUGUUUGGUCUGUCUGUGUCUGAGCAUAAAGCUGAAGCUUCCUCUCAGAUCAUUUGUAUUUCUUUCUUCACGUCUGAACUAACAACAAUGAAAACAACCAGAAUGAAAUGAUUGUUGGACAAUCUGAACAGAAGACCUCAAAUGUCCGGUGGUGCUGAGUCCAAGAACAAGAGAACUUCCUGAGACAGAAUCCUGAGCUGGUUCUGGACCUGCAGUGUACCAGAAGCAGCUGUCUGAGCCGUGAUCCUUCACUUUGUUCUGAUUGCACUAAAGUUCUGCUCUGGUCCAAGACGACGACGGACUGGAGGCCUUUUGAUUUUUCUUGGAGUUUUUCUUCUUGUGAGAUCAUUCAGUUUGAUUUUAGUUGUGAACUUUUGUGUUUGUGGUGUGACGAUGGUUUGGGAUCACAUUAGAGCCGUCGUAGCUUUUAUGAACUCACUCUGCACUUUGAUUCCUCCAGCUGGACCGUUCUAGGGUUCUGUCAGCAGGUUCUCUAAACGUUCUCCAGCUUCUCCUGCUGCCAAAUCCUCACGUUGUGUCUUUAAAGGUGGAAGGAACCGUGUGAAGCCGUUUCUUUCUCCAGAUAGACGAACCGAAUGUUUGGCUGCGAUGUUCUUCAAACUUUACUGGAACCUCUUAAGAUUAAUAUAGUUUUCUGAGUGAAUAAUUUUGUAAUAAAACUGAUUUUCUCUCA